AUGGGAAUGAGUUUAGCUUCGUUGAUGUAUACUAACCAGCUGUGCAGUCUAGUCAACGCCCCAAACAAGGUGCCUCAACACCAGCGAUUCUACCAGCAAGCUUAUAACCAGCACACCCGAGUCUGGAAGAUCAACCCGCGAAGCAACUACCUACUUGUCCCUUACCAGGUCCUACUCUGGGGCAGUUUCGGAGCUUCUAUGUACAUGAUGGGACGCAAGAUUCUAGGCUACAACACGUGGUUCGGCAAGAACUAG